AUGGCUGACGAAGAAUACAAAGUACUCAAAAAAUUUAAAUUGGAUCCAGACUCCACAGUGUUAAUAUCGAAAUUCAAGUGCAUGUAUAGUGGCACUAAUAUACCUGUUUUUGGAAGUUUAUUUAUACUAAAUGACUUCAUUUGCUUUAGUUCAUUCUUUAAUGAGAAAACUCUUUUUGGCAAGAAAACUAAAGUCAAAAUAGAAAUCAAGAAAAUUGUGCUGUGUGAGAUUCUAAAUAACUUUGGAACAGGAAUAUUAAUUACUCUAAAUGAAGGAACGCAACACUAGUUUAAUGGACUCGGAGAUGAUGCUUAAAAAGUUUAAUAUAUAGUGAAUGAUAUGAUGGAGGGUUUUCUUUAUAAACAAAAGCAGAAAUCUCAAUGUGAUGCUUAGUACAUCUAAUAGAUCGAACUGGAUAUGGAGAAAAGUGCUAUUGAAAACAGUUUGAGAUAAAGUCAAAACAAAUUUAAAUUAAACAGAAAUGUGCAUGGCUUUGAGGAAGUCAAAUAUGAGUAGCAAGAACAGAUUUAUGACCAAUUAAAUUUUGAAUAAAUCCAAAAUAACUAGAUUAACGUCAAUGACUUUGUGGACAUCUAGGAUGAGGAUGAAAAGUUUGAAGAAUAACCAAACUAAAUGAUUCCAUCUCAAGAUGAAUAAAUUGUGAUUGAUCCUUCAAUCUACUAAUAAUAGCAGUCCAAUGAUCUAAUAUAUAUAGAAGAAAAUGAAGAAAUUAGUAAGUUACUUACUAGAAAGUGGAAUAAUACUAUUUACAAUAAGACUUAUGUUGAUAUAACUGCAGCUGCUCUUGCUCACACAAUCUUCAUUCAUAAAAAUGAGGAUGACAAGGCAUUUGUAGAAGUGCUCUCAAGUCAUAUGGAGAAGAAGGAUCCAAAAAUUAAGAAGAUAGAAGCUAGGCUAGAUGCUUUUACAGAUAAUUCAGAUUCCCUUGAAGAUAUUUUGAUUCACACAAACUAUGCUUUGAGUGCCUUUUACUAAGGAUAGAUAGGCAUUUAACUAUCUAGAGGUUUCAAAGAAAGAAAUGUCCAUGUUAAAACAACACUUCAUAAAGCAAUUGCCUUGAUAAAAGUGUUUCCUUAUGUAGAAACCUAAAAAUUCUAUGUCAUCUCCCCUAGGAAAAUUCUAAUGUACUCUAAAUUACAGAUGUAGAAAGUUUUCUAUAGUGAUCAUUACUAUGUUGAUAUCUUCUGGGAUUUAGAUGAAAAUUUAGUAGAUGGAAAACCGGAAACUAAAGUAAGUAUAAGCUGCGACUUGGUGUUCACCAAAAAUAUACCCUUAAUCAAGAAAAAAAUUGAAGAAUACUACGAAAAAAAUUUAAUAAGUUCAUUCAAUGAAUACCUAAAACCCCAAAUUGAAAGUUGGAUUUAAACUGAACUCUUAGAUAAAAUAAAAGCAAGAUAGGAGAAGCAAUUUUAAAUAGAGAACCAUUUAAAGUCCCCUAAAAAACUCCAAUAGAAAUAAAUGGAAAAUCAAAAAAGGACUGGCAAUGUUAAAGACCAUGAACAAUAGUAAUAUGAGUAAUAGCUACUCCUAAACGAAUUUAACUAACUAAAGCCCGAGUUUAAUCCUUAUUUGAAUCAAAAUAAUUAAUAGAAAUUGCAGUCAUAAGUUGUAAAGUAGCAGUAAGAGUAACCAAAAGUAAAUAUGGUACAAAAAGGAGUAUUAGCUUAGAAUGCCGAAAAUAUCAUUAGUAACUUCAUUAAAGAAUUGUAACUCCAAACGAGAAAUCAGUGUGAUUAGGCUUAACUGAGCAAAAUCUUAGCAGACAAUUUGAAUGAAGCUAAAGGAAAGAUUCUUACAUAGCUUAUUGUAGAUGGUAUUGAUGUAGAUUUGAAUAAUAAGUUGCUUAAUCCAGAUGAUACCAGUCAGUGCAAUAUAUAAUGA